AUGGAACACCCCAGGAAUGGACAUUAUGAGCCCCGAGAGCCCGAAAAGGAGCCAGACGAAAAGGUCUGCGAGGGGCCAGAACCAGAGUUGUCUAUGCAAGAGCUCGAAAAUUUACAGGCAAGAUCCAAGAAAGCCAGGGACAUCCGGGAAGCUUGUAUGUCUCAGGAUGUGGAAGAGUUGAUUCGUCAUGCAACAUCGGAAGGGGGAUUGUUGGAAGAUGAGCUGCGACAGAUUGCAUGGCCUACUUUGUUACAAUGUGACGCGAAAUUUCAAACAUUCGAUACGUCCCAUAGCCAGGAGCUUCCGCGCCACGCUGAGGAAGACCAGGUUGAACUUGACGUAAACCGAUCUUUUGUCUACUACCCUCAAAAUGCCCCCUUUGAGGAGUUGCAAACGCGAAAAAAGGAAUUGUCCAAACUGAUAACCAAUGUGCUCCGAGAAUUUCCUAUGCUAUGCUACUUCCAAGGCUACCAUGACAUAGUACAAGUUCUUUUGUUGGUCUUGGGGGAAAAGAAAGCCUUGCCAGCAGUCGCGCAGAUAUCGCUCUUUCGCAUAAGAGACUAUAUGUUGCCCUCACUUUCGCCAGCGAUAAAGCAUCUGCACCUGAUCCCGGCGAUCAUCGAAACCACAGACCCUGAGUUGAGGCACCAUCUUGGCAAUAUCCAGCCAUUCUUUGCACUUGCAGCUACCCUGACCCUAUAUGCCCACGACAUUCAAGAAUACAGCAAUAUCGCCAGGCUUUUUGACUUCCUUCUAGCUCAAGAACCAGUGGUGGCAAUUUACCUCUUUGCCGCAAUGAUUCUAUCGAGAAAGAAGGAGCUGCUGGAAAUUCCCGAAGAUGAGCCUGAGAUGCUUCAUUUCACGCUUUCCAAACUCCCAAAUCCGCUUGAUUUGGAUAGCCAUAUUCUUCGAGCGACACAGUUAUUCAAGGAUCACCCGCCGGAGUCGUUACCGCUUCGAGCCUGGAAACGUAUUCCUUGGUGCAGUGUGUUAAAAACCUCGCGUGAGCGGCAUCACGGUACUACUGUUGCGGAUGCGGUAUACCUUUUCAACAAACAAUCCCAGCAGAUCCGCAAUGAGGAGCGCAAGGAACAAGCUCUCGGUUUCUUGUGGAAGCAUCGUCGCUCCGUGGGAUCCAUUGCGCUGGCCAUAUUGGUGGGGACAGCAUCUUUCUAUAUCCGCAGAAAAGGACUCGACACCUCUAUCUGGUCCUAUGUCGGCCGAAUUCAAAAAGCACUGCAAAGCUGGCGAUGA